AGCAGUUACGCAAGGGUGUAUAGUACUUCUACGCCAGCAUAUUUUAUUCGGCAUUUUGCAAGUAGUGACCGUAAAUAUUUUUCUUGUCAUCGUGUCUUGAGGUUCGUCUGGACCAUGAGAAGCCGUCUUUCACGAUUUUCUUCGAUGAAGCCAGACCCACCUGUGGCAAAAUGACGAUGAUGCCAACUACAUGUUCGUCAAACGACAAUUCUCGCACGAGAAGUGUCUGUGGAGCUGCUUUGCCUGCACUUCGUUGCUUUCUUCGCGACCAACUCAAUGUGCGACAGCAAAAGAGUGUCGCAGCAUGCAGCCCAAGCGUCUCAUCUGCAACAGCAAAGAACACCACCGCACGUCAGCGCUACAAAGCCGGGAGGACGGCUUUGCUUGAACGAUGUGUAAGAAGACCAUCUACUCUUGGCGCACUUCCAUCCCGUACGAGAAGGACAAGGAAACACUGGAUGUUGAAGAUAGCGGAGCGUCCGGUUGCGUUCGCUCCCCUGCGCCUGCUGCAGCAGCACCAGUGGCCUUUGGCGAACCUGAUUUUAUUUCUAUGCGCGGUGGCUGCAGGAGCCUUCCUGUUGUUCUCUGCGGUCUGGCCAGCCGCCGCGCAACAGCAGCAGGAAGGCAACAAGGGUCGCGGUAAGGGUGAUGACCAGCCGAAGUUUGAUUUAGGGAACACGAAAAAAUACGUGGAAGAACUUAUCGGCGACGGGAAACUGGACAAGGCUAUCCACAUUCUGCACGGCUUGCGCACACAGGACCUUGACAGCGCCCAAAAACUGGCGAAGCUGUACAUGCAAGAGCUGAAAUUCGAGGAGGCGUUGAAGGUGCUACGGGAGAACAUUUUGCAGCUCCAAGACGAUGAGUUCAAACUCAACAAACAGGACAUCCCGCCCCCACCUGUCUUCACGUCAAAGAACCCCGGAGAUGAGGAUGACGAAGAAGAUUCCAUGGAGGAAACAGAGACUGGGGCCGAAGGCGGUGGUACUGCGACGUCCGCGGCGGGUGGGGAAAAGAACGACCAAGUAGAUGCACCAGGACGACCAUCGUCGGUCCACGCGGAUCAAGAUGUACAGCAUGACCGACGGGCGGCCCACAUGUAUCCGGAGGCCUGGAACAAUAUGGGCUACGCCUACGAAAAGCUGAACCAGCUGGACAAAGCGGUCGAGGCAUACAUCACGGCGACGCGGCUCCGCCCGAUGGAGGCCGGCUACUGGUACAACCUGGGGACCUGCUUGUUGAAAACGGGUCUCGCCCAGCACCAGGCGAUCAGCAGCCUGGAAAAAGCGCACCAACUCGCCCCGGAGGACGAGCUGAUUACUGUGAACCUCGGGAUCGCCACACAGAAUCUGAACCUUCUGCAGUCCAGCAACACUGCGAAAGGCCAGCAGGUGCUCGGGCAGUUGCUGUGGCAACAGGGAAACCGUGCCGACGCGGUCACCGCCUUCCAAAAGGCGCAGAAACUGGAACCCAGUGACCCCGAUAUCGCGUUCCAGUGCGCCCUGGUUCGGUACCAAACGCGGAGACCGAGCGCCAACUGCGGGUUGGAAGCAGACGAGGUGGUCCGCACGGCCUGCGAGCAGCAAAAGCGGUUGGAUCGCAACCAGUGGCGAAAAGAGUUCGCCCAGGCGUUAUCGAUUCGGAAAAGUGCCGACACGCUGCGGUAUGGCGACAAGAUUCUGGAUGCCAGUUUUCUCACGUUCCUGAUUCGCGGCACUUCCGCGAAAACCGUGCGGCGCAUGCGAAAGCAGGAGACAGACAAGGUCCGUCCGAGCGUGGCGCAAAAGAUCGAUAAGAUUCGCGAAGGCGAAAGUGACCCUGCGUGGCAGGCCCGCUUUGCCAUGGAGUGCGUCGACACGUUGGGGCAAGUGUGGAACGAGGAUAUCAACAAGGUUGCUGCAGAUGUUGGAGAAGAUGACGAACUAGACGAGCAGGCGGGCAAGACGAAACGACAGUCCUCUGCUCCGUCGCCGGAGCUGUUCCCCGCCGCUUGCGGCUACGGAAUCAUCUGGUCCACCAGCUGGCACCGCGUGCACAUGCGGCUAGAGGACGGCGCUGCUGGGGAGGACUCCGACUACCGGCACAUCACGGAAAACUGGAGUGUGGUGGUGGUCGGCGGAGGGCGCGGAGGCGGGUGCGCGUAUCCCUGGAUUCGAAACCGUGAGUGCCUCGUCGUGGAUGUUUUGUGCGACCUCUUCAAGAAGAGCGGCGAGGGCUUUUUUUGCCGCCACGCGAAAACCCCUGCUAGUCGCAGGAUGCGGCACAACAACGAUCGGCAGCUGCACCCGUCCGACGUACAGGACGACCGCGUUAGUACCCCGGGUUCGUCGCAACCAGCCGGCACUGGGAAAUCCACGUCAAAUAAAGCAAGUAACGACUCGUCCGCUGCAUCCCGAACGAAGGCUCUCGAGCGGCAGGAAGACAACCUUUCUGCUUACUUGCAGUAUCAAGACAGCGAGACAAUCAAUAAACUGACUGGCCUGGAUCUCGUAGAAGUAGACCCGCGCUAUUACCAAUUCGUCAAGGAGAACAAGGUUGGGACUGUGAUAUUGGAAACCUACUUCUGGCCGGCCGCCACGGUCCGGGAGGAAGUCGAGUUCUGGGUGAAGGUUUUGCCGAUCAGCGCCGACCUCUUUGUCUUUGAAAAAGACUACAUGGUACCAGCGAAUUGUUUGCGCAUUAAGAUCUUUUGCAAACGCCCGUCGCGCCCCGAAUCUCUUUGCAGCGUAAUCGUUUUCGAGUGUUUAUGGUAGGAAGAUCACUUGACAGAAAAAAAAAUCCACAUUGUUCACUGGGCAAGUAUCAUUCCACCUUCAUUACAGGCAAACCGUCCGCUCCUGGACGAGCACUUCAAAGUGUUGUAUCGGCACGGCAUGGAGGUGUCCUGGUUGGACACCCCCGUCGAGAUGCUCCAGUUGCAGAAGCGGAUCGACAAGCUACGCGAGGCGUUUGACAAGCGGGCGCUGGACGACAUUGCACGCAUGGAAGAGCGGUGGCGGGAGGAAAAGGAAGCCGAGAAGUGGCGGAUCACGGAAAUGGUACGCGGUCGCGGGCGCGCAAACGCGUACAAUGAGGAGGAUCCAUUCGCUGCGGGUAGUGGUGCAGGCACGAACAGCGAGGAAGAAGAUUUAGAUGACGAGUUCGACUUCGACGAUCUAUGAACCCUGCGUGCAAUUACCCGUACUAGUUGCGCUUGUUCCCACUAAGAGUGCACGUGCAUCCACGAUCAAUCAUAAAUUCACUUGGUAAUACGCAAUCUUCGCAUAAGGACAAGUUGACGCACAACGCUCCCGAAAAAAAAACGAUCUUAUUGCGAGAUCUCCUUGUGUCGGAGCGCAUCUAGCGCUGACUGAUGUUCCACCUGUUGCGACUGCAAUGUCAAGACGAGCU